AUGGCCGUAAUCUGUGAGAUCAGCAACGUUUUCAGCAACUACUUCAGCGCCAUGUACAGCCCCGGGGACCCCCCCGCCCCCCCCCCCCCCGCCCCCGCUGCCGCUUCCUUUGGGGCCUACGACCUCGUGCUGUCCCUGAGCAACCCCCAGAUGCCGCCCGAGGGCCCAGAGAAGGCCAGCUGGUUGCGGGAGCAGCCUCAGUUCUGGUCGAAGGCCCAGGUGCUCGACUGGAUCAGCUACCAGGUGGAGAAGAACAAGUUUGACGCCAGCACCAUCGACUUCUCGCCCUGCGACAUGGACCGGGCUGCGCUCUGCAGCUGCGCGCCCGAGGAGCUGCGGCUGGUCUUCGGGCCCCUGGGGGACCAGCUCUACGCCCAGCUGUGGGACCCCACGUGCAGCUUCCCGGACCAGCUCAGCUGGACCAUCGAUCUCCUGGAGCAGGACAGCACCUCGUUCCAGGAGAUGCUGGGGGACCCCAGCCCCUUUGACCAGGGCAGCCCCUUUGGCCUGGAGAUGCCGGAGGAUGGCCAGCAGCCCAGUCCCUACAACUGGGGCAGCUAUGACGUGCCCCCCCCACCCCCCCUCGCAUCUCCGGGCAGCUUGGAUGUCUCCACCGGCUCCACUGCCGGGACUGGUGCCUCUGGGUGCUCCCAUUCUCAAGACUCGGGGAGAAGCCACAUGGACCUGGGCCCCAGGGACAGCAAGCUCUUCUCCAGGGCAGACUUCGCUGACUACAAGAACCGGGACCCCAAGCACGGGAAGCGGAAGUGGGGCGGCCCCGGAAGCUGAGCGGAGAGUCUCGGGACAGCUUGGAGGGGCCGGAGGAGCAAGCACGCCCCCAGCGGCACCCACCCGUGGGAGUUCAUCCGGGGCAUCCUCAUCCGCCCGGAGCUAAACGAGGGCCUGAUGAAGGGGGAGAACCGGCAGAAGGGCGUGUUCAGGUUCCUGCGCCCCGAGGCCAUGCCCCCCCCCCCCCCCCCCCGGGGCCGGAAGAAGGAAAACAGCGGAAUGACGUACAAGAAGCUGAGCCGGGCCCUGAGAUACCACUACAAACGGGAGAUCCUGGCCGCGGCCGGCCUGCAGCUCGUCUACAAGUUCGGCAAGAACUCCAGUGGCCCGAAGGAGGAGGAGGAGGAGGAGGAGGUCGGGAGCCGGAACUGA